AUGGCCGACGUGGAACAACCCAUCGUCGGCGCCGAACCGAGCCCCUUGAAACCCAAGAAGCUAAUCACCCUAGUCCCCCUCAUCUUCCUAAUCUACUUCGAAGUCGCCGGCGGGCCCUACGGCGAGGAGCCGGCUGUUCAGGCCGCCGGCCCGUUCUACGCUCUCUUGGGCUUCCUCAUCUUUCCCUUUAUCUGGUCCAUCCCGGAGGCCCUAAUCACCGCCGAGCUUUCCACGACCUUCACGGGCAACGGCGGGUUCGUCCUCUGGGCCCAACGGGCUUUCGGCCCAUUCUUCGGAUCCCUAAUGGGCUCGUGGAAGUUCCUCAGCGGCGUCAUCAACGUCGCCGCCUACCCCGUCCUCUGCAUCGGCUACGUCGAGAAGAUGUUCCCCGUCUUGCAAUCCGGCUGGCCGCGGAUCGUCGCCAUCGUCGCCGCGAUUCUCGUCCUCGCCUUCGUCAACUACUUGGGCCUCAACAUCGUCGGGUACGCGGCCGUGAUCUUGGGCCUGAUCUCGCUCUCCCCCUUCAUCUUAAUGUGCCUGAUCGCAAUCCCUAAGAUCCGGCCCAAGAGAUGGCUCUCAUUGGGCCAGCCCGGAGUCAAAAAGAACUGGAACCUCUUCUUCAACACUCUGUUCUGGAACUUGAAUUUCUGGGACAACAUCAGCACGCUCGCCGGAGAAGUUGACAAACCGGGGAAAGCUUUCCCCGUUGCUCUGCCGGUAGCUGUGACAAUCACCUGUUUAUCAUACUUGCUCCCUCUCUUCGCCGUCACGGGCGCCGUCGACGUGCCGCAAGCGGAAUGGGGAUCUGGGUUCCACGCCACGGCGGCGGAGCUCAUCGCCGGGAAAUGGCUCAAGAUCUGGCUCGAAAUCGGCGCGGCGUUGUCCGCAAUCGGACUGUACGAGGCCCAAUUGAGCAGCUGCUCGUUCCAGAUCCUGGGGAUGGCUGAAUUGGGGAUUCUGCCCAAAUUCUUCGCCACGAGAUCGAAGUGGUUCCACACGCCGUGGGUCGGGAUCAUUGUGCCGACGGCGCUGACGAUUGGGGUGUCGUUCUUGCAGUUCACGGAUAUAAUUUCGUCGGCGAACUUCAUCUACAGCUUGAGCAUGUUGUUGGAGUUCUCGUCGUUCUUGCGGCUGAGGUACAAGAUGCCGGAGCUGGAGAGGCCGUACAGGAUCCCGAUGAGGCUGCCGCUGCUCUGCGUUUUCUGCUUGAUCCCGUGCGUGUUCUUGGUCCUGCUGAUGGUGAUCGCCACCAGGACGGUGUACAUGGUGAGUGGGUUGAUGACGGCCGGAGCGAUUUUGUGGUUUCUGAUGAUGUGGCAGUUGAGGAAGCACAACUGCUGCGUCUUCGUCGUUGAUCAAGGGCACCAGGCUAGUACGAAUCAGCCUAAUUCCUGA